AUGAAAAAGCAAGCUCCUUUGCAAUUUAAGCCCAAAAAGCUUACUCUGCAACUCUUGCCUAGGACCGAUGCGCUCUAUCAGAGUAUAUGCCAACUAGGCUUUAAUCCAGGCAUCCAAGUAAAAUUCAAGGAAACUAAAACAGCAGCCUUUGUUGUCGAUUAUCUCAAACAACGAUGGCAACCUAUUAUUAAACAAUUUAAUGUGAGAGAAGUAAGAAUCUUUCCCAAGAAGGUUUCCUUUGCAUGUAUUGCUCAUAGAGGAUGGGGACUUUGCGAUAUCAAUGUACAGAUGGCUAGUGUUAGAAGGGAAGUAUUGUCUUAUCAGAUCGAGCAAGGAUCGACCGGUGUUCAUCAAGAUGAUGAUACAUUCCAUAUGGAAUAUGAUUUUGUGUUUUGUGAUGAUAAACCUGCCUUACCUUUUGUAGUUAGUCAACUCACUCCAACAUCAUUGUUUGAAUUUGCUCCACCUCCUCCAAAGAUUAAUGCUCCAAGUUCUGGUAGAAGCAGUAGUAUGAUUCCUCCUCCAAUCAAAAAGGCAGUAACUGCUCCUAAUCUUCAAGCCAAUCUCACUACUGCCAACAACCACAAUUCAAACAAUAGACCAACCAAUUCCUUUAUAACAUCCUUUGCUCAAGUGAGUCAUGUAUUGGACUCGAUGAGAAAUGUACAGAAUGCAACACCAACCACCUUACCAAAUACCUCUCAAAUGUUAAUACCUUCCCUAAGUUCUACUCUAAGUGUUGGCGCUACCACUUCACAAAAAAGUCAAGCAACAACUGCAAAGGAUUCAAAGAAGAGAAAGAAUCAAUCCAGUCCUUCCAAAAAGAAAAAGACAACCCAAUCCACUAAGAAAAAAAAGACUUCCAAAGAAGGAGAGGAACAUCAUCACCUAGCUCAACAAACCAUUGAUUCAUUUAUCAAAUUGGAGAAGGAACAAACCAUUCCUCAAACUUCUCUUCAACCAACUGAAAACUCUGGUUUGAGUCAACUGUUCCAUGCUGAUUUUUCCAUGUCUCUUCCACUCUCUCAAUCAACUAAUGCAGAAAAGAAGAGAGACUCUUCAGCCUACUCUAACUUGGAAUUGUCAAACUUUACCGAACUAUUUGGACCAAACUCAGCCACAGCAACAACUACUUCAUGCAAGGAACAAUCUAAUGGCAUCUUCCUUGACAAUAGCCACUUGAACCUUUUACAAAGCGAGAGUAAUGGUUCUUCAUUCCUAGGACCAAAAGAAAAGUCCCUCACUAGAGAAAACACUAAUGGAGCUUCGUCUCUUCUUGGAGGAACCAGUUUACAAUCAUUUGCCUCACUCUUUGCUUAA